AGGCGGCGGGCGCCGACGCAGGGCCUCCGUAAAAGCGAGCGGUGGUGCCGAGCCCCGGAUUGAGCCCUCCCCGCCCGGGGUCGCGGCACGCGCGGCCCUGUCUCGCGCGCCGGCCGGGCGGCGGGCUGUGAGGGGUGGGCCGAAAGCCCCGCGCUGUCCCGGGCGCAGGCGGCUGCUGGCGGCACACCGAGGCCUGCGCGCCGGUCCUCUAGUGUCCGGUCUCUGUGACCGACCCCCGGCCGAACCAUGGCCCUGAGGGCCGAGGGCGCCGCGCUCGACUGCUUCGAGGUGACGCUCAAGUGCGAGGAAGGCGAGGACGAUGACGAGGCCGUGGUGGUGGCCGUCAUCCCGCGACCGGAGCCGAUGCUCAGAGUGACCCAACAGGAGAAGACCCCUCUUCCUCGGCCCAGCCUGUUGGAGGCAGGUAGUGAUGGCUGUGAGGAGCCCAAACAGCAGAUGUCUUGGGAGCAGGAGUUCCUGGUGGGGAAUAGCCCCGGAGGCAGUGGGCGGGCCCUGUGCAUGGUGUGUGGGGCCGAGAUCCGUUCUCCCUCUGCGGACACUGCUCGCACACACAUCCUGGAACAGCAUCCCCACACCCUGGACCUGAGCCCCUCAGAGAAAAGCAACAUCCUGGAGGCCUGGAGUGAGGGGGCAGCCCUUCUGCAAGACAUCCAUGCUGAACAGCCGUCUCCAUUGGCUUCAGAGUCAGGCUGCAAUGUUGAGCCAGACCCCAGCUCCAACCCAGGCCCUGCAGGGAUGCCAGCAGAGAUCGUGGUCCUGCUAGACUCGGAGGACAACCCGUCCCUUCCUAAAAGGAUCCGGCCCAGGGGACUUCGCCCCCUUGAGCUUCCUGCUGCCCCUGCCACAGAGCCAGGAAAUAAGAAGCCCCGUGGCCAGAGAUGGAAAGAACCCCUUGGGGAAGAGCCUGUCAGAAAGAAGAGAGGCAGGCAUAUGACCAAAAACCUGGACCCUGAUCCUGACCCUGACCCUGACCCAGAGCCCCUAUCCCCUGACUCAUCCACAGAGACGUUUGCAGCACCAGCUGAGGUCCGACAUUUCACUGAUGGCAGCUUCCCUCCUGGCUUUGUCCUGCAGCUCUUCUCUCAUACCCAACUCAGGGCUGCCGACAGUAAGGACUUUCCUCAAGAGGGCAAAGCAGCAGUGGAAGGCCAGGCCCAAACAGAAAGCCUGUCUCCAGCUCCCCCUUCGGGGCUUCGCGGGACACUGGAUCUCCAGGUUAUCCGUGUGCGGAUGGAGGAGCCCCCAGCCGUCAGUCUCUUGCAAGAUUGGUCCAAGCACCCACAGGGCAUCAAGGGAGUGGGUGCAGGUGAUACCCCAAAGUGGCCCACAGUUCUGUCAGAAUCCAGCACCACUCUCGGGGGGCAGCCAGAGGCAGGCAAUGGGCUUUAAGUUCUUGCUUUCCUGGGGAGGGAGGAAGGAACAUCCCCCUUUGGCUUGUAAUGCGCGCAGAUGCAGAGCUGCUGGCAGCCACCCUGUCAAGGCAGGGCGGAGGGGGGCCUAGUGAGACCUGAGGUGGUGGGGGCUGAGCUGAGGCUGCGGGGAAGGGCACUGGGCCUGUGGAGAACACCUACCCCAUCUUUGGCUGACCAUGCCUCUCUGACCCUCACUCCUCCACCCUGAGCUCCCCGCCAUUCUCCCCGGCACAGUGCCUUACACAGAGGUGGUCAUGACGGGGUCUGAACUGAGUCCCACUACCUCGGGGGACGCCUCUCCUCCCCCACUUGUUCAGGCUCCUACACCAGGAGCCUCCAUUACCUCUUCCCACUCCAUCUCUGCCGAGGGCUCCAUUCACCUCCACGCUCCCUUUCACCGGUUUUCCUGUUGUAUAUAUUGCCUUUGUUGACAAUAAAUUAUUUUUUUUUAUUAAGA